AUGGUACAAGGAUCGCGCCGAUUUUCGGUACCAAGCCAAUCGAUAUUCUCGUCAAAGAGUUCUCAAAUGAAGGGAAUUUGCUUCGUUUUGGCGUUCUGGCUCUUUACAGCUCACAUUUCGGCGUUCCAACCGACGUCGCUUUCGAUUUUUCAGAGUUCCGGGGCCCAAUUACGAGUCAGGCGAACAGCAGUAUUUCUGAAGGUUGACCGUGACAAUUCGAUAGAGGGAGCAGAACUAUGUUGGAAUCCCAAGCUCCGUCGCGUUAUGGGCCUGGUUGCUUCAGCUGGCAUGAUUGAGACGGCCUACCUAACCCUUACGAAGUUGACGGACAAGGUGGAUAUCCUUUGUGGAGCCGACGGCGGCUGCUCCUCCAUUCUGAACGGUCCAUAUGCCUUCAUUCCAGGGACAAACAUUCCUCUAUCCUUAUUAGGUUUCGUGGCCUACGCUACUGUAGCGUUUCUGGCCGUGGAGCCAAUCCGAACAAAUGAAGAAAACGACCAAAGCAACAGAGUCUUGUUGACGACAGCGACCACCAUCAUGGGCGUCUUUUCCGUCUUUCUGAUGUCUAUUUUGUUUGGUGUGCUACACGAAUCAUGUCCAUACUGUAUUGCAUCAGCAGUGUUCUCUAUAGUGUUGGCGAAACUGGCAUGGUUGGGCGGUGCCCUACCCCAGGAGCGCGUUAAAGAGGGCGUCGCCACAAGCGCCGGAGGAGCCCUGGCGGCCUUUGCGGCCGCCACCGUUUUUUACGUGAAUAUCAACAACAACAUCAACCAACCGUCAUCGCAAGUGAAUUUUGCAGGAAAUUUUUUUGGCAAGCCGACCCUGUUGGCCGACGCAAGCGGCGCCAGCAGCAAACAGCUUUUGUACGAGCCUCCUACCGUUUCUACUGUUAGUUCCGAGCGGGCCUUGGCGCUGUCAUCUCAGCUACAGGCGCUAGAUACAAAAAUGUACGGGGCAUACUGGUGCUCGCACUGCUAUGACCAGAAAGAACUUCUCGGCGUCCAGGCCAUGGCCAAGAUUCCUUAUAUCGAAUGCAGCAAAGACGGCUUUUUCCGGGAGAGCGAGAGAUCGAUGAAUUGGAAGAUAUUGUACGGCAAGUAAAAGUUGAACAAACAAAAUAAAAGCGAAGACGCCGUCUUUUUUUGUGUC